GCUGGAAGGCGCUCCAGCUGCGAGCCGAUGGCCGAGCUCAGCGGCACGCCAACACACACCCACACCAAGUCGCUUCCGAAUGCGUCAGCAUCACAGCACUUUGUGUAGGCUUUUCUUUUCUUUUAUUUUUAUUUUUUUUAAAUCUCUCAAGAGGUGAGAAUAAUUGUUAGAAAGAAGCAGCCGCAUGGCCCGACAGAACAACAAGUACCAACUCUGAGAAGAGGAGCGAACCGAGCGGAAAUCGCAUUCCGCCUGUGAGCGACCAGUAGGUCCCUGAGCUCCCAGUUGGUGGCCGAGCUGACGCUGUGAUGUGAGGCUGAAACUCUUCCACCACUGUUCCCUCUGCAGCCCGUCCUCCCGGAGCAUGGGACCCCGCGAACUCUGAAGUGAGCGCCACAAGAUUCCAACCAGACUGGAGGAAGCCAGGUGAACACAGAGACUGGAGGGAACCAUGGAGUCCAUCCUAUCAGAGCAGUCUGCCUCGGUGGACGAGCUGGUGGAGGCCUGCAUCCAAGCCUUCGAUGAGAAAGGCACUUUGAAGGACGCCUCCCUGGUCCGCAUGUUCCUCAUGAUGCACCCCUGGUACAUCCCUUCCACAGACAUGGCCAGGAAGCUUGUGCUUCAAUCCCGAGAGGAGAGCUGCACCGAGGAACGUCGAACGAGAAUAUGCCACCUUGUCAAGUACUGGAUCUCUGAGUUCCCUGCUGAGUUCACUCUGAACCCCGAGCUGGAGGAGCAGAUCAAAGACUUUAAAGACCUCCUGACCACCGGAGGCAACGAGAGGCAGAGUCAGCUCAUCGACCUGGACAGCGUGCCGUCGUAUAAAUGGAAGCGGCAGGUGACUCAGCGUGUCCCAUCUGUUUCUAAAAAGAGGAAAAUGUCUCUGCUGUUCGACCACCUUGAUUCAUCGGAGCUGGCAGAGCACCUGACCUUCCUGGAGUACAAAUCCUUCUGCAAGAUUCUGUUUCAGGACUACCACAGCUUCGUGAUGCACGGCUGCACGGUGGACAACCCCAUCCUGGAGCGCUUCAUCACGCUCUUCAACAGCGUCUCCCAGUGGAUCCAGCUCAUGGUGCUCAGCAAGCCCACCGCCCAGCAGAGAGCGGCUGUCGUCUCCCAUUUCAUCAGGGUGGCGCAGAAACUGCUUCAGCUGCAGAACUUCAACACCCUGAUGGCGGUGGUGGGCGGCCUCAGCAACAGCUCCAUCUCCCGCCUCAAAGACACCCAGAGCCACAUCAGUGCAGAGACCAACAAGGUCUUUAACAACCUCAUCGAACUGGUGACGUCAUGCGGAAACUACAGCCAGUACCGCAAACGCUUCUCCGAGUGCUCGGGCUUCCGCUUCCCCAUCCUCGGCGUGCACCUGAAGGACCUGAUAGCCGUGCACGUGGCGCUGCCGGACUGGGCCGACAAGGAGAAGACGCGCGUGAACCUGGCCAAAACCCAGCAGCUCUACGCCAUCCUGCAGGAGCUGACCCUGAUCCAGAGCACUCCGCCGAACAUCGAGUCCAACCCCGACCUGCUCAACCUGCUCACCGUAUCACUGGACCAGUACCACACUGAGGAGGAGAUCUACCAGAUGUCUCUACAGAGGGAACCACGCAAGUCAGCUCAGAACUCCAGCCCUGUCCCGGCGCCAGAAACGAAGCCCAGUAUGAUUGAUGAGUGGGCCGUGUCGGUGAAACCCAAUGCUGACCCCACAAUCAUUAAGAAACACAUAGAGAAGAUGGUGGAGAGUGUCUUCAAGAACUUUGACACAGACGGCGACGGCCACAUCUCCAGGGACGAGUUUGAAGCAAUCAGGAACAAUUUCCCUUACCUCAGCAAGUUUGGGGAGCUGGACAAGAACCAAGACGGGAAGAUCAGCAGAGAGGAGAUGAUCGACUUCUUCUUGAAAGCCAGUUCUCUGCUGAACUGCAAGAUGGGCUUCAUCCACACCUUCACAGAGACCACCUACGUGAAGCCAACGUUCUGCGAGCACUGCGCUGGCUUUAUAUGGGGCUUUUACAAACAAGGCUACAAGUGUAAAGCCUGCGGGGUCAACUGCCACAAGGCCUGCCGCAGCCGCCUGGCCGUGGAGUGCAAGAAGAGAACCAAGAGCAUCAGCCACGAGACUCCGCCCGCCCUGCAGGCCCGGUCCUACAGCUUCCCACCACCUGCAAACACUCCGCCCAGCCUCCAGAACACAGUCAUUGCAGAAGAGGACAUAGAGACGGUCGAGGAGGGAGUAUUUGAUGUCCAUCUAUAACCAGGAGCCUUUAACUGCAGGCUGUGUUCUGGGAGCGGGCCGCUGUCAGUCCUCAGCCCUCUCCACCCUGAACCCCAACCCCAGCCGACGGUGGUGUUUCACGAAGCCAGGUCAGAGACCCGAACCCAGCGGAGAACGUUCUGUCACUAACAGAGCAUGUUAGUGACAGAACGCUCAACACCGAGGGGGACCACUCUCUGAACGCGCUCUGAACACACUGCCACACGGUGGACCCACACUGGAACAGCGAGCUGUCUUCACCUAAAUCGAUGGUGCAACGUCUGUGUUGAUUCAGUCUGCAGAGAGUGUUCAUGUUUAGAACUAUUGGAUGUUUUUUUUCUGUAUUUAAAACAAUCCAUAAAAUUGUAUUUUCUCAGUGAAACUUUAGAGUCGGUGUGCAUCUUGAGGUGGAUGUCUGCUCUUCUUCAGAACAUUACAGAGGUGCUGUUAUUGCCAAGAAUGUAAAGCUGCCACCCAGACUAAGCUAUUGUCUCCUUUUCUCUGAGAUGCUCUUGUUAUUUUUUUUGUUUUCCUCUGUGCUGUUUUCUCAAGUAUGUAUUUGAGUGGAGCCAUAAUAAGGACCCAAUUUUGAUGUCAGAUGAUAUAUUGUUGCUUUGUGGAAACCGUGACAAAAGCAUCUGCUGGGCAGACAAAAGCGACAGCAGAAAGGAGUGUUUAGACGCCUGUAAUUAGAGCGCCGGCGAACGCCGCCGUGUUUUUGUCACUUCUUCCCUUCGUGUCGGCGUAAUGUAGUGAACACCGUGCCGUUUUCAGCGUACUGUGGUCGUGAGCCUCGCAGAGACAGACAAACGCUGUCGUCACACCAACAGUCCAUUCCUGGUGUGACGCAAAUUUGGCGACAGUUUUCUAAAGGGAUCAAAGCGGGGAAGUGAAACCGAAAUCACCUAAUAAGGCUUUUUCAUUAUUAUUAUUGUUAUUGCACAGCAGCUUGUAGAAAAAUAUUCCUGAGAAUCUUGGAUUUUGCCUUUUUUUUUUUAAUUUUUUUAUCUCUAUUCUGCACGUCGCCUCUGAAGUGCUUCUGUAUGGUAGAAGUUUGGUGGUUUCUAUCGUAGUGAACUCCAGCGCCGUCACUGACAAACGUGUGCAGCUUCGCCGUGCCUCUGGAGAGAUGAAUUCGGACAUGGAGCUGCAUUUUGCAAACUGCCGCUUUGUCACUGAAUGAGACUCCGUGUUGUUGAUUCUUUGCUGCAUGAGUAUCUGGCCGUUCGGUGUUGAUGGCCGCCUCGCCGUGUGUGACCAGAACCUCGCUGCGAUGUUCUCUGGUGGCCUCCAAAUGAUUCCUCAGUAUUAAAAGCAGCAGCUGUUCAAAUAAGUGUUGUUCUGAAAAUGUUUGUGAUUAAUAACAGUGAUAUUACUUAAAAAAAAAACCCGAGUUUGUGUAUUUUUUCAUUUUCUUUGCCAAAUGUUCAUUUGUAUGCAAGACGUGAAGAUUUUCUGAUUCACCAUCGCUGUCUUGACUGAGGCAUGUCAAGACUCGUCUAGAUCUUUCUUUGUAAUACAAGGUCAGGGUCACUAGUAAAAAAAAAAAAAAAUUCUGACGAGAAAAAAACCUGAAUUCUGAGAUUAAAGUGGGACAAAAACGAUUUUUUUCUCCCACAGAAUUCUGAGAAUUUUAGAACUCUGAGAAUUUUUUUUAAAAUUCUAAGUAAAAAGGCAGAACUCUGAGAAAAAAGUUAGAUCAUUUUCUGAAAGAAAAAAAAAUCUGAAUUGCUUUGUCAUACGUCCUGUUGCAAAGCCAUCGGUUACUUUAUCGAAUCCAACCUCAACAAGAAAAAAAGAAAAAAAAAAAAUAGAAGGUUUUGGGAUGGAAUAGUUAAAGACUUUGUCACUCAUUACAGUUUAGAACAGCAAGGCCAAAACUGGCAAACUGAAACUACUGAGUAUUACCCCAAAAUUCAUUAACUUAAAAAUGCAAAUAGGUGUUUGUUUAUUUAAAAUUUUUUAGGGUUUGUUUUUUACUUUCACCUGUUCAACAAUUAUUUUUUUCUUUUGUGAAAUUGGUGCAUAAUUAAAGAUCCAAAACACAAAAAGUCCUUCGAACUGCUACCUUGUUAAAAGAAGACCACCAUUUCCAAAUAUUUUGGUUCAGUUUUGUUGGGCAAAUAUUCAAUGUUCUGGAUCUGUGGUCAGGGGCUGAACAGAAUCAUAUCUCAAGGUCCACAAAUGGCCCCCCGGACCUCACUUUGGACACCCCUGGCAUAGAAGAUAAACAUUUUUGACACAAAGACAGUUUGGCUCUGACCAAUGUUUCCCACCUUAAUUAACAAAAAAAUAACUUGAAAACUGUAUUUUGUCUUGAUUUAGUUCUUUGAUAUUAAAAUUACACUGCAAAAACAUGAGAUCUUGUCAAUUUUUGGACUGAAUUCUAGUGCAAAUGUUUUAGUACACUUGAAAUAAAACAAAACUAACUUACAAGUAACA